ACAACGUCUCACUCGAUUGUUUCCUUUUUCACUAACCUUCUCUUUGAAGCAGAGACAUGCUUUCUAUAUAAACUGCUUUGCUUAUUGCUUGCUUUCCUUGGAAACACAUCCUUAGCUCUCACUUCGCUUCCUCUCUUUCAUUUCUUGUGGUGACUUCAAAAGAUGCAAGCACCAUACCAACUUGGAGCAUUGAUUCGCCCAAACGACAAGGAAUUAUUGCAACUGCUGGUAGCAAAAAUACACGGCUACGAUGAUCCAAGAAUCCCAGUAAUUAAUAUCAACAAUUUCGAGCCUUGGGAGUUAGCUCAGUUCUUGGGAGUGAACUCGUAUGAUCGCGAAUGGUAUUGCUUUCGUUAUCGCCAAGAACCAAACAGCAGGACGACCAAAGCUGGAUACUACAAAGUCACCGGCAAAGGAAGCAAGAUUAAGGAUAGACAGCAGGAAGAGAUUGGUACAAAAACAUUCUUGGUUUACUAUACAGGUCGCACUCCUAACGGGGUUAAGACCUCCUGGAAGAUGCACGAAAUCACUGCAACUUGUUUGCCAGACCACCAGCGGAGUAUUAUUCUGUGUAAAUUAAUUGAUAGGUCAGAAAAUGAAGGUUAUCUGUCAAGCUGUAAUGGUAAUGGGCAUGGUUACAGUAUGGCUGCCUCUGAUUCCCAUCAUAUGGCUAACCAUUCAAGCUUCGAUAAUGGUGAAACAAGCUGGUCUAUGAGUCCUGAAAACCAAGUAACAGAGAAUGGAAUUCCACAACAGGAAGGUCCUGAACUAGCGCCAUAUCCGGAAUCAUUCCAUGGCUGGACUGGGCAGAGCUACACAUCAGAUAACUUGCCUGUGCCUGUGGCAGCGGCAGCAGAGCAAGGCCUGUUUUAUGAUAUUUUCGGCAGUCCCAUGUUCUGAAACGAAGCAUAAGAUCAGUUCUGUGGGAACACCUACUGAGUUUGAGCAUAUAACAAACAUGAAAAGAGGGUGACGUUCAAAUUAGUAUGAUGUAUAAUAAGAGAGAUCAUCUCAACUCCAGUGUGUUUGCGUUACUUUUAGCUUCUUGCUAUUUUGUUAUCUUCCUCGAUGUAAGAAUGUUUCAGUUCCAUGCAUGCUCUGCUGAUAUUGAAUAAAGUAUCUUUGAUAUA